GGCGGCGCCUGCAGGCGGCGGCGGCGAAGGUGCGGGCGGACGCAGCUCCCGGCUCGACCGCAGGGCUCCGGGCCCAGCGCGCUGGAGGGGCGCCCCGAGCAGCCGGGGGCCCGCUGCCCGUGCCCCCCAACCAUGGUGGGCCAGCUGCAUCUGCAGGGCAUGGAGGAGAGCCUCAAGGAGCGCGGCCGGGAGGGCCUACUGGACAGCCCCGACUCGGGGCUGCCCCCCAGCCCCAGCCCUAGCCCCCCAUUCUACUCGCUGGCACCGGGACCCCUGGACGCCCGCGCGGGGGGGACCCCCGGUGAUCCUCCCGGACCCGGCGAGGCCCGAGCGCCCCCACCACUGCCCCCCACAACCCCAGGGGGGCUGGAGACUCGGCCCCGGAUGCUGCCCGUGGCCUUUGGGGAGAGGAUAGAGGUGGACCCCACGCCCGCACACAGGAUCUGCUGCAACUCGGAGGUGAGGUACGCCUCGGAACAGCACUUCCGGGACAAGGUGUUCUACACGCCGGUGCCCACGGUCACGGCCUACAGCGAGACCAUCCUGGCAGCCCCCGGAGGCUCAUGGCGGCGCUACCGCAGCCAGCUGACCCUGGAGCCUAGGCCCCGCGCCCGCCUCUUCCGCAGCACCACCAUCAUCUUCCCCAAGCACGCCCGAAGCUCUUUCCGGACCACCCUGCACUGCAGCCUGGGCCGGGCCCCCCGCCGCUAUGCUGCCAGCGUGCAGCUGCAGCCCCGUGUGCCCCCUGGCGCUCCCCAGCCCUAGCGGACCACCCCCGCGGCUCGGGGCUGCAGGACAGACCCCGGGGGCUUGGCUUCGCCCGGAACCCAGAAAGCUGGCGCCCCAGAAUGUUCCACAGCGGUGGGAGAAGCCCAGGCUGAGGUGGACGAGGACCAGAUGCUGCCACCCACCUGAGUCCCGGGCUAGACUCCAGGGUUCCUGCCCAGCUGUGGGGGUGCAGGGCAUCUGCUCCUGCUCAGGCUCCCCUUACCCUCAUGGAGGCCCCACAGUAACAAGGGCUAGCGGUCACAUGUGUGGGUGCCAAAGGGGGAACAGGGCAGCAGGGCUCCUGAGGAGAGGACAGGCCAGGAUGCUGGGGGUGGGAGGGUCAGGGUGCCUGCACGCCCCAUCUGGACGGGCAUCCUGCAACCAGCAAGGCUCCAAUAGGUGGGGAGCAGACCGGCACAUUCAGGGGAGCACAUUCUCUGGGGCCCGAGCUCCCUUAUGGGGUGCAGAGGCAGCUCUGAGCCCACGCCCAGGACGCGUCUGUCUGCCUAUCAGUCUGCACAGAUGAGAUUCCAUUAGCACAGAAAUAACUUAACAAACAGCCCCAUUCCCCGAAUAAAAUGUGCAACCCAGA